UUCACCUCGUCCAACACUGCCACUAAUUAAAACUUCAUCCGAAUAUUUUGGAUUAUCUGCAUCAGUUCAUACUUGCUUUAAAGCUCGACAAAAGACUCCAAGUUCGAAGGAUAAUGAAAUUGAGAAAUCCGAUUUCCCAAUUUCAAAUACAGCUAUGCGUUCGUGGUUUCAAGAAAUAUUCACCAGUCUCAUUCGGAUUGAGGACACCCAAAAAACUCUAAUGGGCAUGGUGGUUGGUCUAAGCAACACCAAAUCUGCUGUUAAUGCGCCGGUGGAAGCUUUAAAAUUCAGCACAACAGCAGACGAGCUGGAUAGUCACCUGACUUAUUGGCUCAACCUAAAUGAUUGUGAACGUCAGUCCUUGAUUGCAUCUUUGUCCAAUGUCACACUUGCAUCACAAAAUCUCUCUGGCAAGCUUUCUAAUAUGUUGUUGGCCCUGGCACCCAGCUCAGUUUGGUCUUUAUAUAGCCGGGAUGGGAAAUAA